UGGUCUCCUGACAGGGCUCAACUCCGCGUGGGCGGGCAGGCGGGGGAGCGGGGGACCGCCGCUCCAGCCCUCUGGCCUUCGAAAGAUCUUCCUGGGCCAAUGGCAGGCGGGGCGAUGCGCCCGGAUUGGUGCAGGCGCUCUGCUGAUCACUGUGGAAACCCAGGCGGAGGGGAACGCGGGAGGAUGCAAAGCCCUGGGCGGGGGGAGCCAGAGGGUCGGUUGGAGGAGGCUUCCAUUCCCUGAGCUACCCGGGAGUUUUUAGUAGAGGCAAAAGUCCACUAGGGGCUGGUGGGCAGAGGGAGGGGCGGAGGGAGGGGUAGAGGGAGGGGACCGCUUAGGGGCACUGGGAGACCUGGGGGUAGGCAGGGAUACUUCUGGGCGAAGGCGAGGAGGCUGGGGGAGGGGGCGCGGUGGGAGGAGGAGUAGAAGACAAAAGCCGAAAGCGAGGAGGGCCCUGGGCGCACUCUCUGCUGUGAACUGGACAACUAGUAGACAAGCAGCAUGGGGAAGGGCGGGAACCAGGGCGAAGGGGCUACCGAGCGCGAGGCGCCGAUGCCUACCUUCAGCUGGGAGGAGAUUCAGAAGCACAACCUGCGAACGGACAGGUGGCUCGUCAUCGACCGCAAAGUCUACAACAUCACCAAAUGGUCCAGACGGCAUCCGGGGGGCUUUCGGGUCAUCGGGCACUACGCAGGGGAAGAUGCUACGGAUGUCUUCUUCGCCUUCCACCGCAACCUUGAUUUCGUGCGCAAGUUCAUGAAGCCCUUGCUGAUUGGUGAGCUGGCUUCUUCGCCUUCCACCGCAACCUUGAUUUCGUGCGCAAGUUCAUGAAGCCCUUGCUGAUUGGUGAGCUGGCCCCAGAGGAGCCCAGCCAGGACCACAGCAAGAAUUCACAGAUCACUGAGGACUUUCGGGCCCUGAGGAAGACCGCUGAGCAGAUGAACCUGUUCAAGGCCAACCACCUGUUCUUCCUCCUCCUCCUGGCCCACAUCUUCGUCAUGGAGACCAUUGCGUGGUUCACCGUCUUCUACUUUGGCAAUGGCUGGAUUCCAACCAUCAUUGCGGCCUUUAUUCUUACUGCCUCUCAGGCCCAAGCUGGAUGGCUGCAACACGAUUUUGGCCACCUCUCUGUUUACAAGAAGUCCACGUGGAACCACAUCGUCCACAAGUUCACCAUUGGCCACUUAAAGGGUGCCUCUGCCAACUGGUGGAACCAUCGCCACUUCCAGCAUCAUGCCAAGCCCAACAUCUUCCAGAAGGAUCCAGAUGUGAACAUGUUGCAUUUGUUUGUCCUGGGAGAACGGCAGCCCGUUGAGUACGGCCAGAAGAAGCUGAAAUACCUGCCUUACAACCACCAGCACGAGUACUUCUACCUGAUUGGGCCGCCCCUGCUCAUCCCCAUAUACUUCCAGUACCAGAUCAUCAUGUCCAUGAUUGUUCACAAAAACUGGGUGGACUUGGCCUUGGCCGUCAGCUACUAUGCCCGUUUCUUCAUCAGUUACAUCCCUUUCUAUGGUUUCCUGGGAGCCAUCCUUUUCCUCAGCUUCAUCAGGUUCUUGGAGAGCCACUGGUUUGUAUGGGUCACGCAGAUGAGCCACAUCGCCAUGGAUAUUGACAACGAGGCCUAUCGUGACUGGUUCAGCAGCCAGCUGUUGGCCACCUGCAACGUGGAGCAGUCCUUCUUCAACGACUGGUUCAGCGGGCACCUCAACUUCCAGAUCGAGCACCACCUCUUCCCCACCAUGCCCCGGCACAACUUGCACAAGGUCGCCCCGCUGGUGAGGUCCUUGUGCACCAAACAUGGCAUCGAGUACCAGGAGAAGCCGCUGCUGCAGGCCCUGCAGGACAUCAUCAGGUCGCUGAAGAAGUCUGGGCAGCUGUGGCUGGACGCCUAUCUCCACAAAUGA